CUUCCAAGCUUGACCCCUUUUCUGUUCAUGUUUCACGAGGCCAUUCCUGACGAAGACUGAUCUUGUCGACGUUGCCUUUUCCAUGUCCAUAUUUUCUCUCUUUCUCGGAACCGUCCACUCAGUCGUACCGUAAUCCUCCGCUUCCAGACAGCUCCUCCGUCAUGUAUAUUCAUCCGAAUCACUUCGUCAACCGGCAGGAGCCAGUACCCCUCAACUCGGCUGGCCUUAAACUCCCCGGGAUCAAGGACCUGCUGUUGAUGUCGCCCCCCCCUACGCCAGUCCAAGAGAAAGCCGACCUCGCCGUCUCGCCCCAGUAUGGAUCUCCCAGCUAUCGACAUCACGUCGAAGGAUACGGCGCUGACACCCAACCUGCCACGUCCAACUAUCGUCCCACACACGAUUAUUGUCUCACCUACGGCACGGGAGGCUACUCCUCACAAACUUCCAUCCCAGGCAGCAAUUUUCCCAUCCACAGUGAUCAAAGACUGCCUUCAAUAUCUUUCCUCAUAAGAGAUGCAUUAUCACACACACAGCAGUCCCAAAAUAUCUCGCCAACACAGACUCCUCUCUCACAAUACUCACGCUCACACUAUAGCCUACCCAGUCCUCUCGACUCUCCCGCCAGCAGUUCGAGCGCCGGCUUUUUCCCAUGCUUUCCAGUCCCGCAGCAAGAACCCUCCUCUCUCCCAUGCAACUCAGCAUACGAUAUUUACGAUAAAUGCGACUACCAUGGACCCUGCUGCCAUAAAAGGCCUAAGAUUAGGGUCGACAAAGAGACAGCAGAGGUAGAAAAAUCGCCCAAUGAACUGUUCCCUGACCAGCUUGAGUGUCUUGGGGAAAAGAAGCUAGAGAUGGGAGUGGACAAUAACAGAGUGUGUAGCAGUGAGCAAGACGAGGAGUCGUCGAAGAAGAGGAAGCGCAAUCGAUCGGGAAAGAAGCAGAACAACAAGCCUUACACAUUUGAACAGGAGGUGUUCUUCAUCUACCACAGAGUGGAACUUGGCAUGAAGUGGAAAGAGGUAGCGGCGAGAUAUAUGGAGAGAUUCCCGGCAAGAGAGCCGAACGAUGUGCGAACCGAUGAUGGGCUUACUUGCGCCUAUUAUCGCACCAACGGACACUUGCCAGUGUUCUCCAAGGACGGGCUCCUCGUCAUCGACCCAGGAAGCAAACACAGAUACAGGGGCGUCCCUUACAAGGCGAAGGAAAUCAAGUGCCGCUCGGCCCUCGUUAGCAUGCUCCAGCGCUUCCCAGAGGAGCUGGUGGACCCUAGAAACGACUACAUUCUCCCGGAGCAUCGCAAUGAGGACGUGAGAAGGCGAGCGGCGGCCUUGGCGGAGCAACGUAAGCAGUACUUUGAAUGGUUCGAAAAGCAGCUGAACUCGAAGAAAGGGGAUAUAUAACCACGGGUCUUCUCGGCUUUCUCCCUCUGCUUCUCAACACCGGCUGUUCUUGCGUUUUAGGUUUCGACACCAGUUUCGUCCGUCCUCCCUCCCAACAACCAGCAGAGGAGCAUAAUGUCCCAUCUCCUGGUCCGUUCCCUUUUCCUUUGUUCUGAUGUCAAUGAACGAAGAUGAUGUUAUGGGCUUAGAUUAGCAUGUUCUAGCGUGCGCUUGCCUUUUUUUUCCCGUUUUCUCGUUUUCUAUUUUUGCUCCCUGCCUUGCUUAGCUUUUUCUUUUCUCACGUCUUAUAUCCCUUGUGUCACUCUAUUUUUCCUAUUCCUCGUCUUUUAGGCUAGCAAAAGGGAAAAAAGCACCGGAGGCAGUAACGAACAUGUGCCCCGAUAACGGAUACCACCUUAUGGCCAUAUUUAUGAAGUUUUUUUUUGUGUUGCGGAGAAAAAAGAAAAGAGGAAAGGGGAAGAAA